AUGGUGGCGCCGUGCAGUGGCGCCGAGGAGGGCGCCCGACGGAAAGGCCGACGAGUUGUCGCCGCGACGCAACACACACGCGCAUCGUCGACGACGCCGAUGCCGCCAACACUGACGCCGCAGCUGUCGCCGCCGUUGCAGCAGCCGCGGCGGACGAGCAAGAGAGGGACCGUCGCAGCAGCAGCAGCCGCCGUGGUUGUCGUCGUUGUCGUCGCCGCCGUGGCUGCCGCCGCCACCACGCAAAGAAGCAUAAACACUACAGACCUCGUCUCUGCCAUGGUUUGCUCACUCAGAUGA